AUGGCGUCUGCUGCGCCGGCUGCCGCGGAGGAAUCCGCGUCGAAAGCGGCGGAGGAUGUCUGUCAGAAUCCAACGGUUAAGAGCGAUUGGGAGGUGGCCCCAUGGGAUCGCCACGCGGGGGUGCUGAAGAUGGCGCGAUUCGACUACCGGCGGGAGGAGCUGCUGAGAUCCGGAAAUGGCGGCGGAAUUCAAGGGUUUCUGAUCACGUGUGCUUUCCGCCGAGAGAAGAGCGCCACGUCAGAAGCACUUUCCAUCCUCCCUAAGUACCUGCCUGCAGUGUGUGCGAGUGUGACUGAAGGGGAAGAAAUAGAGGCAGCGGAGGAGGGGAAAAGGGGAGCUGAUUCGGUUGUGGGGCUUGAAGGGAAUGCUGGGGCCAAACGGCAGAGAGUAAAGAAGGGAGAGGAGAUAGAGGAGAAGGGAGAGGAAGGGGGAGAGGAGGGGGACGAGGAGGGGGACGAGGGGGACGAGGAGGAUUGUGAAAAGAAAGUUAUCAAGUCAGGGGAGGAGGUUAAGGCAAUCAAGGUUAGCAAGACAGAGCAGGAUGAGAGUGCAGCAGAAGACGCUUUGAAAGCCGGGCUAGGGGCGGUCAAGCUGGGCAGCAUGGGAAUAACUUUUCUGGCGCUGCCCGAGAAGGAAAAAUGUGUGCCAGGCAGCGAGGUGCCGUGCCCCGUCGAUGUUGUCAGGCAGAUUCUGAAGGACAUCAAUGAGAAGAAGAGGAGCGGCCUCAAGUGGUGCCAACGCAUCUGCCCUGUGCAAGCCACGUGCCCAACCACGAAGCGCCACCUGUCAGCCACCGUGCAGCGAUUGCUGGCCAAUCACUUCGCAACAGCCUCACCAGCAGCACCAGCAGGAACAUCAUCACCACCAACAGCAGCAGCACCAGCAGCAGCAGCAGUAGCAGUAGCAGUAGCACCACCAGCAGCAGCAGCAGCAGCAGCAGCAGCAGCAGCAGCAGCAGCAGCAGCAGCAGUACCAGCAACAGCAGGAGGAGCAGGAACAGAAGUUGGAGUGGAGGAGCCACGUUUGAAUGGUUCUGAGACAGCAGCAGAACCCCCAGCAGCAGCACAGCAACCUCCGGUGCAGGUAUUCUUUCAGACCUGA